AGCAGCACCGCCCCUCCCCUACCCGGUCAGUCUCCGGUUCUUCAUCCAUUGGCUCAAUAUUCCUUGGAUCUCCUGGUUUCGACUGCACCUUGCAAACGUGGAGGAGAAAUUACCAUGGACAACAGAGGUUAUGGUUCUGGUUAUUCCAGUUGGGGAGGUGGAAACUCUGGAAACAGAGGUUCUGGUGGCUUUGACAUGUAUGGAGGAGGUUACAAAGACUCUGGGCUUGGAGGCUAUGGAGGAGGAGGCAGCGGUGGUGGUGGUCAUAUGAAGAGAGGGCCGUCAGGAGGAUCUCUCUCAUCCUCUGGAGCGGAUGCAGUCAUUGCCAAGAUUAACCAGCGCCUGGACAUGCUCACUCAGUUAGAAGGGGGGUUUAGGGGGCCUCGGGGGGACAGGUUUGACGAGUACGAGUCAUUCGACUCACGCUCCUCCGGGCACUCCUCUUCCCGAGAUCUCUACAGAUCUGGCAGCGGUAGCUAUGGUUUUGGGGAUGACCGUGGGGACAACAUGCUGAUGAAUCAGCGAGGAGGCUCCGGCUUCGGAGGGGGAAUUGGGCUUGGGGGUGGAGGAGGCUUUGACAGCCCCUCCUCUUCCUUUGGAGUCGCAAAAAUGCGACAAAAUAUGAGAGAUUCCUUCGCCAGUGGACAGGGAGGAGGUUCUGGAGGAUGGGUUGGAGCUGGCCGACGUUCCCCCAGAAGGGGUGGAAGCGCUGGGGCUCGAGGACCUGGAGGAGGGUUUGGAGGCCGCAGGUCUGACCCCACUCAGUUAGGUGGAGGUAUGCGGGGAAGUGGUGGCGGUGGCCAGUCCCACCGUGGCCAUUCUCCAGGAGGUGGUAGAGGCAAGCUCCCAUCCCUCCUGUCCAACCGCAUGUACCCUGAGAGUGGUGGUUUCCAGGGUUCUGCUCCAGGGCCUCAAGACUUCCCUGGGAGGCAUUUUGGAGGGGGGCCACGAGGUGGUCGCCAGCGAGGCCGCAAAAGACCCCUCAUCAAACAACAGGUGAAGCCUCAACGCGACGGUCAAAAGAAGAGGAAGCAAACUCCAACUGGAACCGAUGAGCCAGAGUCAAAGAUGAACAAGACAGAGGGCGAGGAGACUGAGGGGACACAAGAAGAACCAAAACCUGAAGGAGAAGACAACAACCCAGAAACUGCUACUGAGGAGGCAGCUCCCUCUGAGGAAGGCAAUACUGCUACACCUACGCAGGAGAAGAAAAAGCCUGCUUUAAAACCGACUCAAGGACAGGAAAAGCAGCAAAAAGCCAGAAAGAGAAGGGGUUUCAUGGACAGGUUGAUGUUUGCAUGUUCUGUCUGCAAGUUCCGCUCAUUCUACAAGGAAGAAAUGGAUGCUCACCUGGAAAGUCGCUUUCAUAAGGACCAUUUCAAGUUCCUUUCCAACCAGCUGUCCAAACCUACCACAGACUUCUUACAGGAGUACAUGCUAAAUAAAUUCAAGAAGACAGCAGAGCGGGUCAGCCAGUUGGAAAACCAAAGCGCCACCAUCUGCCAGAUAUACAGAGAGCAAGAUCUAACGCGGGAACUUGGAAUGGAGCACUUCAUGAAGAAGGUGGAAGCUGCUCACUGUGGAGCCUGUGACAUUUUUAUUCCCAUGCAGCCCCACCUGAUUCAAAAACACAUCAAGUCUCCUGAUCAUAACUAUAACCGCAAGGGUAUGAUGGAGCAGUCAAAGCGCAGCAGUUUGUCAGUAGCCCGUAGCAUCCUUAAUCACAAACUUAUUGGCAAGAAGCUGGAGAGCUACCUAAAGGGUGAAAACCCAUUUACUGGGAACCAAGAUGAACAUGACCCCGAGGACUCUGCAGCAAUGGAUGUAUCAGAGCUGGAGAUGACGGGGGAGACAACAGAAAACCAGCAAGAAAAUCCACAAGCCAAAGAUGAGUCCAUGGCUGAAGGAGAAAAUGUUGGAGAGGCUGCUGAGACAGAAAAUGUUGAAGGAGAGGCUGCUCAGGAGGAGAAUGCUGAAGGAGAAAAUGCAGAAGCUGCUCAAGAGGAAGAACAAUCAGCUGUUGCAUUUGCGGAGGAAGGAGGAGAGGAAAAUAUGGAGCAGCAAGAGAUUCAGGAAGGAGGAGAGCAGGAAAACCAUGGGGAGGAAGGUUUCAUUAUUGGGGAGGAGGAGGAGGGAUAUAUAGUGCAUGAUGAAGGAGAAGAGGGAUUCCAUGAUGAGCAGGAAGCAGCAGAGGAAUGUCAAGAAUGAGUGCAACAUCCCUUCUCUGAGCUCUUAAUGUGAAUAUGUUUCUGGACCAGUUGGUGAUCACUUCCACUGUUGAAUCAAUCCAGUUCAUUUGGCUGUAAAUACCUCUGAUGUUUGUGGGGUUGGUCUAUCCAUUAGGAAGACGUUUUACACUUCGGGUACUACUAUACAUUUUUGUUAAGAUCUAAUGCAUGACUGACUACCAGUAUGUUUGAGAGGCAUUUAUGAACAGGCAAAUCUUGGGACAAACAGCUGGUCUUAAUUGUAAUGAUAAAUGCUUGUUUCGUUUUCCUUCUCAACGAUACAGGAAUUUGAAUAUCUUUAUUUAAACCUUCAAGGCUAAUGAUGAUUCCAAAAAAAAAAUUUCAAACUUUAACCCUUUUUGUGAAAUGUUGUAUAUUUUCUUUUAGAAAUAAUCAGUAUUGUAAUGUCAAAUGCUUGUUUUUUUAUUUUCUUUAGUUUACACAGUGACCCAGAACUUAACUGUUUGACAGCAGUUUACAAAGAAGUGAAAUUUUACAGCAAUGUGAGCUUUUUAAUGAUGCAGUAAAAGUGUCUGUUAAUAUUUAGUAUGUUUGGGGGGG